CCGGGCGGGCGCAGGACGCGGCGGCGCGCGCGCGCGCGCGCUCCCUGUGCCCUCCUGGGUGACGUGCCGGGCCGAGGCCGCGCUAGGGCGCUGUAGCUGCCAGUGCCGCUGUCAUGGCGUCGGAGGCGCUGGCUGAGGAGAACCGGCCGCGGUCUCUAUAGAGCGAGGGGCGGGCGGCCGGGGAUGGAGAGCGGCCCCGAGAGCCUGCAGUCGCUAGAACACGGGGUGGCGGCUGGGCCAGCGCCAGGGACGGGUUCUCCGCCGGUGGGACGACAGGAGACCGAGCUCGCCGCUGGGGAUGGUCCUGGAGUAUGGGCGGCGGAGAGCGGCGGCGGCGGGAAUGGGCAGGGGGCGGCGGCCGCCGGGCGGAGCCUCCCGGACCCGGCUCCCUCGGGCUCGCCUCAAGUUCCCGAACCCUGCAGCUCCGUCCCGGGCUUGGACUUGAAGGAGAGCUCUUUGGAGAGCCCUGCUGCCGCGAAGGCGCCUAUGGGAGGGCAGCACAAGGUGACCGUCUCCCCGGAGCCCGCGGAGGCCGGAGCGGGCCGUGGGUUGGGUCCGGCCGGAGACACUGGCGCCCGCACGGAUCCCGUCGGCACCUGCCAGGCAGAGCUGGCGGCUGCCUGCGCCGAGGAGCCCAGCGGUGCCGGCGGCCUCAGCAGCAGUUGCAGCGACCCGAGCCCUCCUGGGGAAUCGCCGAGCCUGGGCUCCCUGGAGUCGUUCUCUAACCUGCACUCUUUCCCCAGUAGCUCCGAGUUCAAUAGUGAAGAGGGAGCAGAGAACAGGGUCCCAGAGGAGGAGGAGGGCGCGGCAGUGUUGUCCGGGGCUGCCCCUCUGUGCAGAGAGGAAGAGGAGGAGGAGGAGAACGCUCAGGUGUUGGCGGCUUCCAAGGAGCGCUUUCCGGGACAAUCUGUGUAUCACAUCAAGUGGAUCCAGUGGAAGGAAGAGAACACACCCAUCAUCACGCAGAAUGAGAAUGGACCCUGCCCAUUGCUGGCUAUCCUCAAUGUUUUGCUUCUGGCUUGGAAGGUGAAACUUCCACCGAUGAUGGAAAUCAUAACUGCUGAGCAGCUGAUGGAAUAUUUAGGAGAUUACAUGCUUGAUGCAAAGCCAAAAGAAAUUUCAGAAAUUCAACGUUUAAAUUAUGAACAGAAUAUGAGUGAUGCUAUGGCAAUUUUGCACAAACUACAGACAGGCCUAGAUGUAAAUGUACGAUUUACUGGUGUUCGAGUAUUUGAAUAUACACCGGAAUGCAUAGUAUUUGAUCUUCUUGAUAUUCCUUUGUACCACGGGUGGUUAGUAGAUCCUCAGAUUGAUGACAUUGUAAAAGCUGUUGGUAACUGCAGCUACAACCAACUAGUGGAGAAGAUCAUCUCUUGUAAGCAAUCAGACAAUAGUGAGCUGGUUAGUGAAGGCUUUGUGGCUGAGCAGUUUCUAAAUAAUACAGCCACCCAACUGACAUACCAUGGAUUAUGUGAAUUAACUUCAACGGUUCAAGAAGGAGAACUUUGUGUGUUCUUUCGAAAUAAUCAUUUUAGCACCAUGACCAAAUACAAGGGUCAACUGUAUUUGUUAGUAACUGACCAGGGAUUUCUUACUGAAGAAAAAAUUGUUUGGGAAAGCCUGCACAAUGUAGAUGGUGAUGGAAAUUUCUGUGACUCAGAAUUUCAUCUGCGGCCUCCUUCAGAUCCUGAAACUGUAUACAAAGGACAACAAGAUCAGAUAGACCAGGACUACCUUAUGGCAUUGUCUCUGCAACAAGAACAGCAGAACCAAGAGAUCAAUUGGGAACAAAUCCCAGAAGGAAUCAGUGAUUUGGAACUAGCAAAGAAACUCCAAGAAGAAGAGGAUAGGCGGGCUUCUCAAUACUAUCAAGAACAAGAACAAGCAGCAGCAGCUGCUGCUGCUGCUUCCUCCUCUACACAGGCACAGGUAUCAUCCUGCAAGUGCCUAGAGCGAAUGGAAGAAUGUUUGAGAAACAGCAGUCUCAGUAAAACUACAUCAGAAUUACAGAGAGAGGAGAGGCAGAGAGAGAGAGGUUCACUCUCCAAUUGGCCACAACGGCCUGAGCUGCGCCGAUCCAAAGCUGGAUGGGAAGUGGAGCAGCCAGGUCUCGAACCGGCGCCUAUAUGGGAUACCGUCGCUUCAGUUGGUUCUCACAAGAGCUCCCCUAGAGCUCAGAUUUCAAAGCUAGGUUGAAGCCUGAGCUCACAAAUAGAUCUGGAAGAAGACGAAUCUAGACCAGGUAUGUGUCCAAAUUAUGACUCAACUUUUUCUGUCACAUCUAUUGAAAUCUUCAAUAUUAGGCCUAUUAACCAUAUCUUUACUCACUAGCCUUAUAGGACUUCUGUACUCCUAAAUCCUCAUCAUUAAAAUGGAAUCAAUAGUUUCUACAUCUUAGAAUUAUUGUGAAGAUUGUAAUUCAUAUAUAUAUAAUAAAGUACCAUAUAUAUAAUAAAUGCUGAAUAAAUUAUAACAGGUGGUUAAUACCAAAUUAGAGAACUAAAUAACUUUUUCUUCUGCAGCAAGCCAAGAAUUUUAAAUGAGAAACCUUCACCUGGGGAUUAGAAUGGCCACUUAAGCCUUAUAAAAACAUUUUUCUAUUAUAUCCUCUUAUAGUGCUGUUCCCACCAAGAGGCUGUGAUGAACUUAGACUCAGAAGGGCCCCAGGUGAAAAACAUGGACAAAAUAAAACUUUAGAGGCCGAUGUUGUGCAGUGGGUUAAGCCACCACUUGUGUUGCUGGCAUCUCAUUUUGGUUCAAGUUCUAGCUGCUCUGCUGCUUAUCCAGCUUCCUGCUAAUGCGUUUGGGAAGGCCACAAAAAAUGGCCUAAGUAUUUGGGCCUCUGAGACCUAUGUGGGACACCAGGAUGAUGGAGUUCCUGGUUCCUGGCUUUGGCCUGGAAGAGAAAGGAAGACCUUUCUCUUUCUCUCUCUCUCUUUCUCACUGUCCACUCUGCCUGUCAAAAAAAAAAAAAAAAAAAAAGGCCGGCGCCGUGGCUCACUAGGCUAAUCCUCCGCCUAGCGGAGCCGGCACACCGGGUUCUAGUCCCGGUUGGGGCGCCGGAUUCUGUCCCGGUUGCCCCUCUUCCAGGCCAGCUCUCUGCUGUGGCCAGGGAGUGCAGUGGAGGAUGGCCCAGGUGCUUGGGCCCUGCACCCCAUGGGAGACCAGGAAAAGCACCUGGCUCCUGGCUCCUGCCAUCGGAUCAGCGCGGUGCGCCGGCUGCAGCGCGCCGGCCGCGGCGGCCAUUGGAGAGUGAACCAACGGCAAAGGAAGACCUUUCUCUCUGUCUCUCUCUCUCACUGUCCACUCUGCCUGUCAAAAAAAAAAAAAAAAAGAUGCAGGCUAUAUUUGACUGGAAUUUUGGCAUAGGGAAGUACAGGAAAUCCUUUAAAGUCUGCUUCUAGGACUUAGUAUUUGAAACUUCAGGACUAGAAUCUUCCAUUAAAGGGACAGAGGUUAUGACUUAAAAAUUUCUGAGGCUUCUUUUGCUUUCUUUUCUUUUUCAAGAUUUAUUUAUUAGUUUGAAAGUCAGAGUUACACAGAGAGAUAUACUUAUCAAUCUAUACUAUUUAAUACACCUAUCAAUAAACUUAAGACCACUACUAAAUGUGACUUAACUACUUAACUUAGCUACUUAGCUUAACGUAACUACUUAGCUUAAUUACUUUGCUUAACAUAACUACUUAUCUUCUACUUAACUUACUUACUAUAAUAACACUUAACUAUCAGAGUAACACUAUUUCUUUAAUGACUAGAGGACUACUGGAAUCAAUACCAUUAAUAUCAAUAUCAAUACUACUUGAAAUUAUUCAUUAAUAACUGAUCACAGUAUACAGUGUUAAAGUACUUUGAGGGCUAUCCAAUUAUAAUAGUAUAUGUACACCAAGGUCUCCAGCAUUAUUUGCAGAUACCUUGCAUAGGGUCAAAAUAUAGGGUCAAAGCAUAGUUAUAUUACACAUGAUGACUAACAUUAUUUGUAAAAACUGCGUUUUCAAGGCUUGUGUCACGGUCACAAAAAAGAGUGUCAGUGUUCAAGGUCCAGAGCUCCUCAUCUUGGCAGAGACAGAUCUCGGAUCAGUCACUUACAGGCAGGAAGUCAUGGGAAGGCUGUCACUCUGGGCAGUAGGCUCAAGGUUCCCAGGCAGAUGGCAAGGAGAGAAGUUGGAGAGGUCCCCUGCUGAGAGGCCUGAUCCGGCUUUGUGGUCAGGUCUGGCAGUAAGCUGAUAAGGGGUCCAGGCAAGGCGGUGAGGUGGCAUCUCGGCUAGAGUUUUGAUCCCGUCAUUGCCUUGGGUCACUUAGCAAGGGGGCUAGCGAGCUGGCUCUUCAGCUCCACGUGCAAGAAGAUCCAGAGGUUCACAUGCACUGGGCCCUUUGUCCGUUGUCGGCUUGUGCCACUAUCUGCUCCAUGCAGAGUAACGGGCUGCCUCUUCCGCUCCAGAUGUGUGUAGAUCCAGAGGUUCACACACACUGGGCCAUGAUCCCCAAGAGGAUGGAGAGCGGUGCAAGGCUCCCCUUUUUAUCCUCACUUUCUGGCAGUCCUCCAGCUUGCCGUCUUCCGAGUUGUUAUCCAAUCAAUGCUGUUUCCUCCUUGCUUGCAGUUGAACAGUCCAGUCAAUACUGUUCCCGCCUUACUUAUGUUUGAACAGUCCAGUCAGCAUGGGUAUGAGGGUAUUGUCCGUAGUACACUGUUAUCUGACUGACCAGAGAUGUCUGCUUGGUAAUGAUUAGGAGCAUCUCCCUAACAGCCAUUUAGGUAUUGCCUCAGCUCCUGACUUAUUAUGAAUAACUCCACUUUACUUUUAUUUUGUGGCUAGUGGUAACUUUUUAACUCAAUGUUUUACUGUGGGGUUUCCACAGUUCACCUCCUUUUCAGGUAAGCAGUGGUCUGUGACUCUUUUUGAGACUCCUGAGGGAUUCCCCACAAGGAGCCAGGAGCUUCUUCUGGGUCUCCCAUGCAGGUGCAGGGGCCCAAGGACUUGGGCCAUCCUCUACUGCUUUCCCAGGCUACAGCAGAGAGCUGGAUCGGAAGAGGAGCAGCAGGGACUAGAACUGGUGCCCAUAUAGGAUGCCGGCGCUUCAGGCCAGGGUGUUAACCC